AUGGCGUUCAGCAAACGAACAUUUUCCCUAUAUUCGCUUCUUCUUGCGGCACCCUCUUUCACAACAGCCUUCUACUUACCGGGUGUAGCACCCACCUCGUAUGACGAAGGACAAUCGGUGCCGCUGUAUGUCAACCAUCUCACCCCGGGGCUUGCGCAACAGGACGAGCAACUUCAUUCCGUGUUUUCCUACGACUACUAUCACCCCGCGUUUCACUUCUGCGCCCCGGAAAAUGGACCCAAAUAUAUACGCGAAUCGCUAGGGAGCAUUUUGUUCGGGGAUCGAAUUCAAUCGUCACCUUUCGAGCUCUUUAUGGGCAAGAACGAAACGUGCAAGGCUGUCUGUAAGGAGGAGGCCAAAUUCGAUUCCCGUAGCGCCAAAUUUACCAACCGAAGGAUUGUACAAGGAUACAACUUCAAUUGGCUCGUAGACGGUCUCCCCGGUGCCCAAAUCAACGUGGAAUCUGUCACUGAGGCCAAAUUCUACAAUCCGGGCUUUGCAUUGGGAUCAUUGAAUGAUAAUGGGCAGGCGGUCUUGAACAACCACUUUGAUAUCUUUAUUGAGUACCAUGCAGUAGGGUACGGGGCCAAGGACAAGUAUCGGGUUGUCGGUGUGCUCGUUCAGCCCGACUCCCGUGGGAAUUCCAAGGUUCAGGGAGAUGGGACCGUGGACUGCGGAUCCAGCGACGUCCCGGUUAUCCUGGAUGAGGAUAGUGAGACCGGUGUCACUUGGACGUACAGCGUGUACUGGCGUGAAUCAUCUACGCCCUGGGCUACCCGCUGGGAUAAGUAUCUGCAUGUCUACGAUCCGAAGAUCCAUUGGUUUUCCCUCAUCAACUCCGCAGUGUUCGUGGUCUUCCUGGUCGGUAUGGUGAGCAUGAUUCUGGUUAGGGCUCUCCGGAAGGAUAUUGCCCGGUAUAAUCGGCUGGACAUGAUUAACCUAGAGGAUUUGGAUGGAACGUCCGCCGCCGUGGAAGACGGUAUCCAAGAGGAUUCUGGCUGGAAGUUGGUACAUGGGGAUGUCUUCCGAUGCCCGAAAUCUCCUCUGUUGUUGAGUGUUCUUGUUGGAAACGGUGCACAGCUUUUCAUGAUGACAGGCGCCACAGUUCUUGUUGCUCUCUUUGGCCUUCUCUCCCCAGCAAAUCGUGGUUUCUUAGCCACAGCCACCCUACUCAUUUACACACUUUUUGGGUUUAUUGGUGGUUAUGUUUCCGCUCGAGUAUACAAAUCUUUCGGUGGAGAAGCUUGGAAGCGCAAUAUUGUCAUGACCCCCGUACUCGUUCCCGGUUUUAUUUUCAGCAGCUUUUUCUUGCUCAAUCUGUUCGUAUGGGCGAAAGGUUCCAGCGGAGCUGUGCCCUUUGGCACUAUGCUAGCUCUCGUUGCGAUUUGGUUCGUCAUCAGCGUGCCGUUGAGUGUUGCGGGCAGUUGGCUUGGAUUCAAGCAACGUGCCGUGGAAGGACCUACGAAGACGAAUCAGAUUCCCCGCCAGGUCCCUCCCAUGACUGGCAGUCUUCGGACCAUCCCUUCGUUGCUGCUGACAGAUCUACUACAUGUUUGGUUUCCUGUUCCUCUGCUACGGGCUGAUGAUCAUCACAACUGCGGCUACGACGGUGCUCCUGGUAUACUUCUUGCUGUGCGCAGAGAAUUACCGAUGGCAGUGGAGGCUUUCGCUGGCGCCGGAAUGACUGGUGGCUAUGUUUUCCUCAACGCACUGCUUUUCUGGGCAACCCGAGUGAGCUUUGGUGGUUUUACAGGUGCGGUGCUCUAUGUCGGCUACUCCGCACUGAUUGGGUUCGUCGUUUUCAUCUUGACUGGCUCGAUCGGCUUUUUCGCAAGUUGGGCAUUCGUACAGCGCAUCUAUGGCUCCAUUAAGGUUGACUAA